UAUUUGGUUUUCAUGAGGAUUUGUUGCAUUUACAUCUCCUCUCGUCACAUUUGGAAAUUCUUCCAAUUAUUUUUAAUUCAUUGCCGCAAUUGAAUCGAUACCUUUCAUCAUUGAAUUUGACAUGAAAUCCUUAAAAAAACGCACUUUUGUUGAAAUCUCUUCGUCUGAGUCCGAAAACGCUGAGGAUGCUGUUGAGAAGAUCAGUUCUUCGAAUUCUAGUGGGGAUGAUGAUGAUUGGAGUGAAUGGAAUGAAUCAGAGUAUGAAGAAACAGAAGAAGAAGAAGAAGAUAAUGAGACCCAUGUUCGAGAAAAUGAUGAAUCCAUGUUUGAUAAAGUGAUUAAAUUACUUCGAGAGAGAAAUGAUCUUCAAGAGUUGAACUUAGUCGAAUGUAAAGCAUAUUUAAGGAGGCAUGGAUUGAGAUUAUCUGGAACCAAAGCCGAGUGCAUAGAGAGAAUUAAGGAGCACUGGAGGAUAAAAGAUAGAAAUUGUGAAGCCUUGUAUCCAAGAUCCUCAUUUACCAUUGAUUGCACUGGUGACGUAUGCAAGGGAGAUGUUGUUUUGUUCAAUCAGAAAGUAUAUAAGAAUUUUGACAAAAUGAUGAGGCGUGGAAGCCCUCUUGGGAGAAGGACUGUUGUUGGGAGGAUUGUAAAUGAAAAUUACGGUGCUGACAAACAACAACACACCUUCACGGUUGAAGUGCUGUGGAGCAAGGGAGCCAAAAAACUACCUACACUUUUCUCUUUGCUUGUGAAAGGCAGGAACCUCUACAAAUUGAGGACAUUUAGACAGCGCUGGAAUAACGAAAAAGAAAGGUUGAAUGUACUUGCUGAGAAGCAUAAACGAGGAGCAACAGCAAGAAGCUUAAGAGCUAUGAGAAAGACAAAAGCAGAUAAGAAGACAAAUAAAUCUUGUACAAACACAGGUAAGAAGCGCCACAAGCUUUUUGAUCAUGCAGCGCCAUCUGGAACAAAAAUGACGGGUAAUAAUGUGCAGAUGAACAAUGUCAAUGAACUACCAAAUCCUUUGAGGGGAAGCCAAAGUUCAAUUAAUCUUCACCAAAGGCCAUCCUCGUUCCAAGCAUUAAAUUCAAAGCAGAAGGCAGAUUUCAGAGGUCCUGAAUUUAAUUUGAAACAUCGAAAUUUAAUACAACCCAAUCGAGUUCAAACCCCAUUUUUGCCAUAUACUUGUCAUCCUUCCCAAGACUUUCACCACUUCGACUCGGAGCUCUACAACGGAAGAGGAUAUUGUCACUUCCCUUCUCAUAGAGGUUCUGUAUCUGCAGUCGGAUUGCCCCAUUACGACCCCUUCUCCCAUUCAGUUUUGGCACCUGCUUCAGAAUCUCAAGAAUUUGCCCAUGGCAGGUACAUUUACCACACUCGUCCACAUCAAAAUCGUGUAUCUGAAUCAAGAAAGUUUGAUCGUUUCCCUAGAUUGAUGAACGCCCAAGCACCAUCUUAUCUGUCACCUACUGAUACGUAUAGGCAGAGAUAGCAGCAUAUAAACCUCUGCAUUUUUUCCUUAUUUUUGGUAACAGCAGGCAGAUUAUUGUUGUUAUCUUACAUAUGAACCAGUUUGUCACAUUAUUAUUAUUAUUAUUAUUAUUAUUAUUAUUAUUAUUAUUAUAUCAAAAUGUUGCAUUGGAAAAUCUAUGGCUUUUCUGUUCAGUGUAUCUCUAUCAACUCAUUGUUCGACAGGAUUUCAGAUAUUCUAUGAGCUUAGCUGCUCAAAAUGACAUUAAAUGGAAAGCAUAUAGUUUUUUCCCUGCUCUGCAGAACUGAGUUUGGUAUUUGUUCA